AUGGGCAUUGGGCACACCCCUUGCCGAGCCUUCAGCAGAGCUGCCGCACCCAACGAUUGCUUGGCAUCACACAUCGAUCAAGAGCUCCGACACAGAGACGCUGCAUGCACCGCACGAGGCAGUUGGUACUUUCAGGUGCAGGUGCUGCGACGUGGUCGGCUUCCGGAUCAACUGCUGCAGGUUGCCAUGCGCAGCCGUAGUCUGCUGAUUCUGCAGGAGAUGGCAAUAGGGGGCAAGGGGACAGGGUCCUGCAAAACCACUCGGCACAUGUGUGCAGCAGAAGAGACCUACCGGUGCGGCAUCACAGAUGGAAGCAAGACCUCAGUUUGCAGCCCCCUGUGGCGCAGCCAUGCGACACGUGCCAAGUCCCAGGCCCAAGCUUGA